AUGGCCCCAUUUCGUAGGAUAACCAACUCAGAAACUUGGUGGUACUCGGAUGGAGCCACUGCCAGUGUUAUCAGCAUUGGUGAAUAUGCUGGGGUGGUUCAUGGAGAAUUCGAUUACAGGGAUGCGCUAUCUAAGUCUAUUCUUUUCCUGGAGGCCCAACGAUCGGGUAAACUCCCACAAUCUCAGCGAGUAAACUGGAGAGGAGAUUCUGGCCUCACAGAUGGGCAAUGGCAAAAUGUUGAUCUUGUUGGGGGUUACUACGAUGCAGGCGAUAAUGUAAAAUAUGGGCUUCCCAUGGCAUUCACUAUCACCACACUCGCUUGGGGGACACUCGAUUAUGAGAAAGAGUUGAAAGCUGCAGGAGAAAUUGAGAAUGCAAGAGACGCUAUUAGAUGGGGCACUGACUACUUUCUCAAGGCUAGUGCAACUCCAGAUCUGUUAUGGGUUCAGGUCGGAGAUCCUGAGGCAGACCAUCAAUGUUGGGAGCGUCCAGAAGAUAUGGACACUCCCCGAAGUCUUUACAAGAUUGAUAAAGACACCCCUGGAACAGAAAUUGCAGCAGAAACGGCCGCAGCCUUGGCUGCCUCCUCCAUUGUUUUCAGAGUCAUAGACCCUCGUUACUCAUACCUUCUCCUGCAACGUUCUAAAUCGCUCUUCAGUUUUGCCGAUCGAUACAAGCGCACCUACACAGGAGAGUGCCCCUUUUAUUGUUCUGUUUCAGGCUACAAUGACGAGCUUCUCUGGGCUGCAUCUUGGCUAUACAGAGCUACCAAAUCCCCAUAUUAUUCCAACUACAUUAGCCAGCACGACGGUCUAACUGCAUAUGUCAACGAAUUUAGCUGGGACCUCAAAUAUGCUGGAAUUCAAGUGCUCCUAACAGACUUAUAUUUUCAAGGUGAAGCUCAAUUCUCAGCCUACAGAAGUCGUGCAGAAAGCUUUGUAUGUUCAAUUAUUCCAGGCAGUCCCAUUCGUUCUGCUUAUAGCACUCCAGGAGGUUUGCUUUAUAUUAGAGAGGGCGCCAACACUCAAUAUGUCACCAGUGCUGCUUUUUUGUUGGCAAGAUAUAGUGAUUUACUAUCGGCUAAGAAGCAAACAUUGUCAUGCGGCAACACUCUCUUUACAGCCAGCGAUGUUAUGGGCUUUGCAAAGCUACAAAUUGAUUAUUUAUUAGGAAAGAAUCCUUUGGGCAUUUCAUAUAUGGUUGGAUAUGGUUCCAAAUAUCCAAGUCAGGCACAUCACAGAGGAGCAUCUAUAGUUUCCGUUCAUCAACAACCAGGGAAGAUCGAAUGCGUUGAAGGUUUCAUGGACUGGUUUCCCAAAGAUUCUUCCAAUCCAAACACACUAAUUGGCGCAAUAGUUGGGGGACCAGAUAAAUAUGACCGCUUUCAAGACCUCAGGACCGAAUCUAGUAUGCUUGAACCUGCAACAUACAUAAAUUCUCCUCUCGUUGGUGUUCUUGCAAAAUUAUGGAGUGAGAUAGCAGGGCAAGGAGGCUUGGGAGAAAUUUUGGCUUCGGAGAGCUCUGUGGAUGGCAUGGCCUUGGCGAAAAUAAAGACGCACUCCCAUAAUGAUGACAACCUUUGUGCAGAUAAUUUCAGAGAAGCCUAUGAACCUAUGGAUUUAGAUGACAUAGUAAAUGAUAAAAGUCAGUUUUCUAGUUUGAAGCGAAAGCGACCAUUGACAGGAGCAGAGGACAAUGGGCAUUGCUCCAAGCAGUUUCAGGCAUCACAUUAA